UUUUUAAAAUUAUUUUGACCAAUGAAAAUUCCUCUUCUUUGAGAAUCGUCAAGUGCGAUCCUGUGAUGUUUACAAAUGGAGGAUUUUGAAAUGUAAACACCUCAAAGCUUUUUGUUGUAUUAUACAGAAUGCCACCCAAAAAACCUGUGGCAGCUAAGCCGACAAAAGCUCCUGCAAAACCAGCACCGAAAGCAGCUGCUGGGAGGGGCACCACGCCUGCGGCGAGGAAAGGAGCACCAGCACCAGGUGGUGCCAAGAAAGGGGCUGCACCGCCUGCAGCAGGGAAAGGAAAACCUGCUGAUCCUCCCAAACCAAAGGCAAAAGUCUGGACUGAAAAGGACGAUGCGGCUCUCAGGAUACAGACCAAGUACAGACAGUAUAGGGCAAAGAAAAUGCUGGAAAAAAAGAAAAAAGAUAAAGAAGAGUAUGAGGAACUUAUGGAUAGACUGGAAAAGGAGGCAUUUCUUCAACUUGUCAAAAUGGAACAGGAGAAAGCAGAAAAGGAGAGACAGAAGGAGGAAGAAGAAAGAAGGAGAAAGAGAGAGGAGACAAAAAGGAAGAAAAGAAUGCUGGAGGCUGCUUUUGAGGGGGAUGUGGAAGAAAUAGAAAACAUCCUCAAAGAGGUGAAAACUUUGGAUGAUCAGAAGGGUGUUGCUACAGAUGCCGUCGGAACAGCCAUCCGUAACAAGCACCUGAUGAACGUGAUCGAGUGUGAGGAUGCAAAUAACAACACGCCACUCUCAGAGGCAGCCAAUGGAGGAGAUCCCAAAACUCUUCAACUACUUCUAGACAAAGGUGCUGAUCCAAAUACACAGGGACAGUUCAAGCGGACUCCCCUAUACAGAGCAGCCUUCGCUGGUCAUUUAGAAGCUGUCCAGGUGUUGCUUCAAAAUGGUGCUGAUCCUCGGAUUUUUGCGGAAGACGGUCAGAAUCCUGAACAGGUGUCCUCGGUGGAUGCAGUAAAAGAGGUUCUAGCCGAGUGGGAUGUGACAAACACUGAAAACUUACUGCAGAAACUGGAGGCUGAGAAAGAAAAGAGGAAAGAAGAGCAGAAAAUGAGGAGGGAGGCGGAAACAACUAAGUUAGAAGGAUCUGUGCAGGCAGCUCAGGAGGAAUAUGACAGAAUUGAGAAAUUGUUAUCCCAUGCGUAUUGUGAAUUAAACAAAAGAAUUACGGAGCAUGACACAGCAGUAGGGUCAGGGUUUGACAGACCGGAGCUCACUCUUCAGACAGGGCUCACAGUGGGUGUGGCCAGUCAGCAGGGGUGCAUGAUGCUUACUCCUCCUAAGCACCGGAUCUCACCUCUGGCCAUACAUGAUGAGGAGGAUGAAGUUGAACUGCUAAAGUCGAAGUUUGAUAAAGCAAGAGAAGGUCUAGCUAUUGCCAAAUUAAAGCUUCGCGAACAGAUGAACGAAGGCUUAGAAGCCAGCGAGGAUCUUCCAGGAUUGCAGAUUAUGAUCAAAGAGCUGGAUGAUGUUCUUCUUAAAGAUGUUGGCAAUAAGAUCAAAGACUCCGGGAAAUGGCCGCUGAUCAUUGACAGAAGUGCGCAGGCGGCUACAUUCCUGAGGUACAGAGAUACAAAUUAUCUCAACUCCUUAAAUCCUAAGGAAAUGGAAGCCAACAAAAUCAGAUUGUCACUUCUGGGUGCUAUCAGAUUUGGAAAACCCCUGGUUCUGGACAUGAUGGAGGUGGAUAUGUUUCACACAGUCAGUGACAGAUUUGAUGAAAUUGAUAAAGGUCUCAUGGACAAAAUAAUGGACAAGAGCAUAAUGCAGGAAGAGAAUUACUUGAAACUUCUAAAAGCAGGAGACGGACCAGAAUACGAGAAGAAUAAAUUCUCAUUGUUCAGAACUCAAAAUUUCAAAUUCUGGAUCAUCACAAAGAACCCGUAUCCUCCAGACUAUUUAUUAGAUACGUGUUAUACAAUCAGAAUUUACGUACCUACAUAAAACGAAGAAUUCACUGUACCGAGUUCCUUUGAAUGCAGGGUUGUGUGUAUUUAUACCUGGAGGUGUAUCAUUCUGACGUGCAUUUUAAAUUUCAUUGUUCUGUUCUCUUAUUUUUGUGUUGGGUUUUCUGUAAUUUACAUGACAUGUGUGAAUGAUUGACAGCUGUAAAAUUGUCGGAAUAUGUAUAUAUGAAAAGAUAUACACCGUGUACAUCAAGUUCAGUAAUAAUCCAUGUCUUCAACAUUAUCUUUAACCAAUGACCGUUCCAAUAAGAUUGAAAUAAAACACAGCUAUGUAAUAUU